UGGUAUGAUAUUUUAGAUAUAAAAGCAGCAGAAGCUCAUGUUUCAUUCAUUGUAGAUUUCUUUACGGUUGAUACUGAGAUAAAGAUGUUGAGGUUCGCUGUAGCAUCGUGUCUGAUAGCCCUUGUACUCGCGGCGGGCGAGCCGUGCAAGACCGAUACGGACUGUGCAGGAACAACGUGUCACCAUGGUUCCCCGCACUGCGAGAUUCACGACCCGACUGCUGCUCACGGACACUGCAACUGCCAUGCCGCCCUCGUUCGCGCUCAGGACACAUGCAGCGUAGACGCUGACUGUGCCAACCACACGUGUCACCAUGGUUCCCCGCACUGCGAGAUUCACGACCCCAAUGGCGCCCAUGGACAUUGCAACUGCCACGCCGCUGUCGUUCGCGCUGCUGAGACGUGCACCACAAAUGUUGACUGUGCGAAUCACACAUGUCACCACGGGGCUCCGCAUUGCGAGAUACACGACGGGAAAAAUGGACACUGCAACUGUCAUCAGGCAGCUAAGCGUGCCGGCCAGCCAUGCAAGACUGACGACGACUGUGCGGGAAACACUUGUCAUCAUGGUGCUCCACACUGCGAGAUCCAUGACCCCAGUGCUGCACACGGACACUGCAACUGCCAUGCCGCUAUUGUUCGCGCUCAGGAGACGUGCAGCGUAGACGCUGACUGUGCCAACCACACGUGUCACCAUGGUUCCCCGCACUGCGAGAUUCACGACCCCAAUGGCGCCCAUGGACAUUGCAACUGCCACGCCGCUAAAGUUCGCGCUCAGGAGACAUGCAGCGUAGACGCUGACUGUGCCAACCACACGUGUCAUCAUGGUUCCCCGCACUGCGAGAUUCACGACCCCAAUGGCGCCCAUGGACAUUGCAACUGCCACGCUGCUCUAAUUCGCGCUCAGGAGACAUGCAGCGUAGACGCUGACUGUGCCAACCACACGUGUCAUCAUGGUUCCCCGCACUGCGAGAUUCACGACCCCAAUGGCGCUCAUGGACAUUGCAACUGCCACGCUGCUCUCAUUCGCGCUGCUGAGACGUGCACCACAAAUGUUGACUGUGCGAAUCACACAUGCCACCACGGGGCUCCGCAUUGCGAGAUACACGACGGGAAAAAUGGACACUGCAACUGUCAUCAGGCAGCUAAGCGUGCCGGCCAGCCAUGCAUGACUGAUGACGACUGUGCGGGAAACACUUGUCAUCAUGGUGCUCCACACUGCGAGAUCCAUGACCCCAAUGGCGCCCAUGGACAUUGCAACUGCCACGCUGCUCUAAUUCGCGCUCAGGAGACAUGUAGUGUAGACGCUGACUGUGCCAACCACACGUGUCACCAUGGUUCCCCGCACUGCGAGAUUCACGACCCCAAUGGCGCUCAUGGACAUUGCAACUGCCACGCUGCUCUCAUUCGCGCUGCUGAGACGUGCACCACAAAUGUUGACUGUGCGAAUCACACAUGCCACCACGGGGCUCCGCAUUGCGAGAUACACGACGGGAAAAAUGGACACUGCAACUGUCAUCAGGCAGCUAAGCGUGCCGGCCAGCCAUGCAAGACUGAUGACGACUGUGCGGAAAACACUUGUCAUCAUGGUGCUCCACACUGCGAGAUCCAUGACCCCAGUGCUGCACACGGACACUGCAACUGCCAUGCCGCUGUUGUUCGCGCUCAGGAGACGUGCAGCGUAGACGCUGACUGUGCCAACCACACGUGUCACCAUGGUUCCCCGCACUGCGAGAUUCACGACCCCAAUGGCGCCCAUGGACAUUGCAACUGCCACGCCGCUAAAGUUCGCGCUCAGGAGACAUGCAGCGUAGACGCUGACUGUGCCAACCACACGUGUCAUCAUGGUUCCCCGCACUGCGAGAUUCACGACCCCAAUGGCGCCCAUGGACAUUGCAACUGCCACGCUGCUCUAAUUCGCGCUCAGGAGACGUGCAGUGUAGACGUUGACUGUGCCAACCACACGUGUCACCAUGGUUCCCCGCACUGCGAGAUUCACGACCCCAAUGGUGCCCAUGGACAUUGCAACUGCCACGCCGCUUUCAUUCGCGCUCAGGAGACGUGCACCGCAGAUGUUGACUGUGCGAACCACACGUGUCACCACGGAGCACCGCACUGCCAGUUACACGACGGGAAAGAUGGACACUGCAACUGUCAUCAGCCAGCUAAGCGUGCCGGCGAGCCAUGCAAGACUGACGACGACUGUGCGGGAAACACUUGUCAUCAUGGUGCUCCACAUUGCGAGAUCCAUGACCCCAGUGCUGCACAUGGUCACUGUAAUUGCCACGCGAAUUUCAAGCGCGCUGGUCAGCCAUAAACGAACAAUGCGACUGUGCCGGUAUCAAGUGUCAUCAUGGCUUCCCGCACUGCGAGAUCCACGAUCCUUCCAACUUUAACUGACACCUCAACUGCCGCAUAUUCUUUGUUUUAUAAGAAAAUAAAUAUAAAAACUG